UGUGUGGCAGUCAGGUGAUUGGUGGGAGGUGGUCAGCUGAUUGUUGCGUCCGGUGUCAUAGAGCGGUGUGUCCCCCCGGAUCAGUGUCACAUCCAGCGGCCGCGGCGUCCACUCCUCUCCACCAUGACCGGACACCUGCUCCUCUACUCCGGGGUCACUGUGGCCUUCUGGGCGACCCUGCUGCUCGUAGGUUCCUCACUGAAACGUCCCCGUACAUGUGGGCCAACCUGGGCAUCGGACUGGCCAUCUCUCUGUCGGUGGUGGGGGCCGCCUGGGGAAUCUACAUCACCGGCUCCAGUAUCCUCGGGGGCGGGGUAAAAGCUCCACGGAUCAAAACCAAGAAUCUGGUCAGUAUCAUCUUCUGUGAGGCGGUGGCCAUCUACGGCAUCAUCAUGGCGAUCGUCAUCAGCAACAUGGUGGAGCAAUUUACAGCGAGUACCCCGGAGACCAUUGGGAACAGGAACUACCACGCAGGGUUCUCCAUGUUUGGCGCCGGCCUCACCGUUGGUUUCUCUAACCUGUUCUGUGGGAUUUGUGUUGGGAUUGUGGGCAGUGGCGCUGCUCUUGCGGACGCACAGAACGCCAGCCUCUUUGUGAAGAUUCUGAUUGUGGAGAUCUUUGGCAGCGCCAUCGGCCUCUUCGGUGUGAUUGUCGCCAUCCUGCAGACGUCUAAAGUAAAGAUGGGGAACUGAGGCUGCGCGGCCUCCCCUGCGGAGAACAGAAGGACUAUUUAUUCCACGUGCUCAUGGCCGCCAUCGGCCGCUCAUUUCGGUUGUAUUUUUGUUGACUCCUCCGUGCUGUACCAUGUGUAUAUAAUUUUACUGUUGUAGGACCCUGUGAUGAUUUAUAUAGAUUUGUUUGUGGAGAAGCGGACCCGCCUCCUGACUACGGCACUAUCCUUGGUCAUGUGAUCAUUGCGUGUAAUAAACCCCGAUCCCUACUCCGUGGCCGGGACCAGCAGACGUGUCUUCCUUGCUGUCCGGUGCAUCCUACGUGACCUCACCAGUCACCGCCAAAUAUAAUGGACAAUAGGGGGACACUUAACAAAACCUGUGCAGAGGAAAAGUUGCCCAUAGCGACCAAUCAGAUCGAUGCUUUCAUUUUUAACAAGACCUCUGCAAAAUGAAAGGGAUCUGAUUGGUCGCUAUGGGCAACUAUUCCUCUACACAGGUUUUGAUAAAUCUCCCCCCAUAUAUGUAUUUAUAUAUCUGCAGGAAUGAUACUGGGGGAGACUUCACCUUGUACAGGACCCUAGGGGGCGCCCUCUAACAUUACAUCCACAGAGGACAGUGGGGGGCGCUCUCUAGUGUUGUAUCCUCUAGGGGAGGACAGUAGGGGGCGCCCUCUAACAUUACAUCCACAGAGGACAGUAGGGGGCGCCCUCUAACAUUACA